AUGGACGACAGUAGCGAUUCCGAAGAGUUUUUUGAUGCUGAAGAAUUCACGCCUGUCAAGGGUUCAAAGAGGUCCUCAUUAUGUAAGAGUAUCAGUUUGUCAGAGAAGAGUAAUGGUGAAGAUAAAACGAUCAAGACUGAAGAAACGCCACAAGUGGUUGCAGCCAGCACACCCAUAGAAACAGUUCAGGAAGAUAGGAAUACAGUGAAGAAUGUGGUGCAAGAAAGACGUCGUUUCCAAGAGUUGAGGAGAUGUAUGCAGACGGAGGAGGAAGAUGAGCCGGAGGCAGGCGCGCCGCUGGCUGCACCAAUGGAACAUCCCUUCAAAAUAAUAUCACACGACACAAUGAGUCUUCAGAGUAUGACGUCGCUUGGCAGGAUCGGAAGAAUUCUUAGUGGAGCCGCUGAAUCACAUCCAAAUAUACGAGAGUCCACGCAUAUGGUGACCGCGCCGCGGGAACUAUCACACAUCACAGACGAACCCAUUAUGGUUGAUAGAACACAGAAUGUGGAGCCGGACGUGAUCGCCAGCACGAAGGCGAACAGCUUGAAGGUAUGCCGCGGGACCACAGUCAGCGUUAGCGCCCCACGACCUGGACCUAUAGCGCCACCUAGGAGGAGAAAACGAAAUAAACUCCACGGUUCUCAAUCCCUGUCCACAACAGACGGGGAUAAUCUGAGCGUUUGUACGACAGAUACUGACGAUAUAGGCUAUUUAAGGAGGAUAGAGAAACCGCAGUUGGAAACUCUGAUUGUUGAGCCAGCGUGUUCCGUGAGCGCGGCGUUACCGAGCCCCGCCAGCACCAUCGAGUCGCUUACACGAGAGUUCAGAGACGAACUAGAACUAUCCACCAAAUACGCGGAUUCUUCAGUCAGUCGCGAGUCCCGUGAUUCGACUUUGAAGCCACAAUCCACGUUGGACAUACGGGAGGCCGUUAAAGGAGAUUACGUGGUGAAGCCUCAAGAUGAAGAGAAAGCUUACAGUGGUGAUAGUAUCGAGGCUACUAGUUGUACCGGUAGGACACAUAGUGAGGGUCGGCCGCCGACUGGCACUUCAAGCCUAGGAUCGGUCUCCAAACGUACAGAGUGUCGCGCCCGUCGUCGCUCGGCCGGGGAUUCCCCUCAACACUCUGCGCGACCUCUCUCAGACAUGGAAAUACUGGAACAGGUCACCGUGCUCAAUCUAGACACCGGUGAGCGCAUGCCUCUCAGCGUGGCUGAACACAAGCUGCCUCAGUGCAUCAACCCUCUGAGUCUACACAUCAUGAGGCUCACCUCCGAGUACAUCGGGCGUACCAACGACGGAGAGAACACAAGAGAAACUGAUGAAGAAAGUGAGAGUGUGUGUGUGGGCGCGGAGCAAGAGGCUCGGGAGGCGGGCAAGGAGGGCGCAGACCGACCGACAGGCAUUAAGAGGAAAACAGACAAACUCAUCCACGCCGAUCUUGUGAAGUGUCACUCUCAGGACAACAUCAACGUGAGGUUGAAGCGUUUCUUCGGUUCUACUGUGAAGAAGACGGUUGACGCGGCCAAGUCGUUAGCUCAGGAGGUGUCUCACGCGCGACACAAGGAGGACGUGGCGGAUAUAGUGGACGAAGUCAGGGGCGAACAUAAUAUUAAACUGAAGGCCUCCAACUCACACAAGGGACCUUACGACUUUGAUGGCUGUGUUAGAUAUGUACAGGAGAUGGGUUCAGCGCACGCGGGUGCGGUGUGGUGUUGUAAGUUCAGCGUGUGUGGACGGCUGCUGGCUACGGCGGGUCAAGACCGGCUGCUAAGGAUCUGGGUUACUAGAGACGCCUACCAUCUGUUCCAGGACAUGCGAACCAAAUACAACGCAGAGAAGAAGUCCUCGCCGACUCCGUCUCAAGAGUCCCUGCCGUCAAUGUCGGCCCCGCCCCCCUCCCCGGAGGACACGCCCCUCGGUCCCUCCGCACCCUUCUGCCCCAAGCCGUUCUGCACAUACUCCGGCCACACGUCGGACCUGCUGGACGUGUCGUGGUCCAAGAACUACUUCGUGUUAUCAAGCUCUAUGGACAAGACGGUCAGGUUGUGGCACAUCUCCCGCGGCGAGUGUCUGUGCUGUUUCCAACAUAUAGACUUCGUGACCGCCAUCGUGUUCCAUCCGAGGGACGACAGGUAUUUCCUGUCCGGCAGUCUUGAUGGGAAACUGAGGCUGUGGGACAUACCUGAUAAGAAGGUGGCCGUGUGGAACGAGGUGGACGGAAAAACCAAGCUGAUAACGGCGGCGAAUUUCUGUCAGAACGGCAAAUUCGCGGUAGUCGGGACGUAUGACGGCAGAUGCAUCUUCUAUACUACGGACCAGCUGAAGUAUCACACGCAGAUAGACGUGCGCUCAACUAGAGGGAAGAACUCAACCGGGCAGAAGAUCAGCGGCAUAGAACCGAUGCCCAACGACGAUAAAAUACUAGUGACGUCCAACGACAGCCGCAUCAGGUUGUACGAUCUGCGCGACCUCAACCUGUCCUGCAAGUACAAGGGCUACGUGAACGUGUCGAGCCAGAUCAAGGCGUCCUUCUCUCACGACGGGAAGUACAUUGUCAGCGGUUCAGAGAACCAGUGCAUCUAUAUAUGGAAGACCUGCCAUGAUUACUCCAAGUUCACGUCCGUGAGGCGCGACAGAAACGACUUCUGGGAGGGCAUCAAGGCGCACAACGCGGUCGUCACGUGCGCUGUGUUCGCGCCCAACCCGGAUCACAUGAUACGCACUAUCGCCGAGAGGGAGGAGCGCGCGAGGGCUGCUAGCGGCGCGCACGGGGAUAGUGAAGAGACUAAAGGCGAGGGGCUCGUGUCGUCAUCUCAGGCGGGCCACGUGUUAGUGAGCGCGGACUUCAGCGGCGUCAUCAAGGUGUUCGUACACCGAGCGAGACCCAAACACAGCUCGCUGCCCGCCUCCGCGCUACAGUAG